AUGAGAUUUAGACAAGCUCCCACUUGCAUACGUUCCAAUUGCAAUAAGCCCGCGUAUGUUGAGGUGAACGGAAUUGUGCACCCUUAUUGUAGCAAGACUUGUGCUUCUGUGUAUACCGCGAAUGUCAGAAAAUGUUCCAACACCUGGUGCAAUAAACUUAGAUAUGUGGAGGCUGACGGAACGGUUUUUGCUUAUUGCGGAAAAACAUGCGCGAGAACGCAAACAAAGUGUGCUCGAAACGGAUGUAAUCGCGGAAGAUACACUCAGUCAUCCGAUAGAACAAAGUUUUAUCUAUUUUGCAAUCCCGCUUGCUACUGGUCCGAAUCUGAUAAUUUAACCUCCACAAAAAUCACAUCACUCUCUCCUAGUAAUCUGAAAUAUGUUCAUGUCUACCAACAAUUCUUAUCCAUGAUGUCUCAAGCUAGGAUUCAGGGAAUUUUACUCUUGCAGAUGCCAAAGAAUAUUGUCCGCGCUCAUGAUAAUUUGAAGAAGGGAAUGUCCAUCUCCGGAACUAGAUUGCAUAGAAUGUAUCACGGAACCAAAUCCCUCUGUGAUCCUGGGAAGUUGAUUACUAAUAGAAGGCCGUCUUGUAAAUCAGGCUGCGGAGUUUGCGGAAUCAUUAAAGAGGGAAACAACAAUCAUUAUUCACAUGACCGUACCAAUAUGUGGUUUGCGAGAAAUCCUGCUACUUCUAAUUCUUACACGGGAGGACACGUUAAUAAAGCAAUUUUUUGUGUGGAUGUUAUUUCCUCCUCUGCGCCUACUGACUUUAUUAUUGUUAAUUCAAACCCGGUAAUUCAAAUAUCAUUCUUUUUUACUGUUAUUUUAAAUAUGUUGCACAAAUAUUGA